AUGGACAUUCUGUGGGAUGUGGACAUUCACAAAGAGAUGUUGUAUCUUUGCCAGGGCCACUUCUCUGAUGGCCUCCAGUUUCAUGACUACAGGGAGGGGUUUUGUGCUGAGGCUGAAACACUGUGUUAUGCCUACACGUUCGGAGCGGCCAUCAGACUCACCGUCCAGCCCCAAGAUCAGUCUCAUGUGAAGCCCAGUCUGUUUAUCCUCAGUCCUCUGGGGCCGGGGGGGUGCCUGAGGCGCGGGGGCCCGGGGGUUUGUCUCGCGGCUGGUUUCCGUCCUCGGGACGGGGAGAUGGUUCUGAACUGGGUGAAUGGUUCGAUCCCUCUGAACACCAGUGGUGCCGUCAGGUCCCUGAAGCAAAACACCUUCUUCUUCACGGGAUUCAACGACGGACCCAUCUCCUCCUGUGAGAUGGACAGCGUGACGUCCACCGACAACCACGCAGUGGACUCAUGUGACGGCGUUAAUUCAGAAGUGGACUCUUGUGAGGAAGUUGAUUCAGAAUCCGUCAGGUUCAACUCACACCUGCUGCUGCUGAACGCAGCUCGAGUGGUGUUCACCAAGGCCAUGGCCUUCAGCAGCCUCCUGACCAUCAGAGCGCUGCUGGCAUGACCACAGCUCCCAGCAGCAGCUCCCAGCAGUUCCCCCCAGCCGCCUCCCAGCAGCUCCCAGCAGCGUCUAGUAUCCUCCCAGCAGCUCCCAGCAGCGUCUAGCAUCCUCCCAGCAGCCCCCAGCAGCUCCUAGCAGCAGCUCCCAGCACCAGCUCCCAGCAGCCUCCAGACCAUCAGAGCGCUGCUGGCAUGACCGUAGCUCCCAGCAGCUCCCAGUCACACUCACGGAUUUAUUGUGUUUCACUUGUUUUUUUGUGACUUGUAGCAAAUAAAGUUGGUGAUUUUCA